AUGUACCAACGUGGCCAGACUCCUGUGUUGGUUCAGGAACUUUUGUCCGUAAACAAGUGGUUACCUCAGAAAUGCGAUGCUGAUUCUCCAGAUCUUCACUGCCGAACUGUAGAGGAAGUCAUUGGACUUUCUAGGCAGAAAAGGUUUGUGAGUUCUUUCCUGAAUCUCGAGAAGGCGAUUAAAGAAACAUUCCGGAGUAUCAACCAGCCGUUGAUUGCCGCUGUUGCGUUGGUGUUCGGUCCGUCGUUGACAAACAUGGUUGAAAUGUACCUGAUUGACAUUUCGUUCUGUAACUGUGAUCCAGAAAGUUCGACGUCGUGUGUCCCCCUUAGUUGUGCUGUUCUGCAAUUCGUUGUGCGCAGCAUGCUCAGAAUAUCUGUACAAGUGCCACUGAAGGAAAUCGGCGAAACGAGCUUUUUCUUUCUUACAAAGGCUCAUCGCACCGCCAGCCUCGAAAAAUUUUACCCCAAGCCGGGACCGCACUUGCUUACUCUGGCUACCGGGAAGCGUUGUGCUGUGGUACACAUUCGUCUGUGCCAUUCUGCGUGUUACACUCUCGCGAACGACCUUCAAAAGUUGACACUAAAAAGUGAACAUAUUACGAUGCCUGGUGCGGAGUCAGAAGAGGAGCGAGCAGAUUCUUAUUCUCACAGUUUUGAUGCUGUCACCGCUGAAGAUUCAGACUUCAUCUGGUUUCAGUACGAAGACGUGUUGAAUGGAUUCAGAUGA